GCGAGGAGAGCGUUCUGUGUGUGUUUUGCUGCUCGCGCGUUGUUGCUGGGACAACGGCGCAGGGUAAACACAGAGCUGCAAACCUUAACAACAUCGAGCCGCACGAUGUAAGGCGUUUGUGUCAGCACACGAGACCCGUUGAUUGUAAGCAGAGAUGAAUCCGGUCAGCGGAUCCAGCUGAUAUCGCGAUGAGCAGCAGCUAUCGAUAUCCCAGUAUCUCGACCAAUCGAGCUGUUCGAUAGAAAAGAGGAAAUAUACAGUGGUUGCUGUAGAGUGACAUUUGUUUGUACAGCAAGAUAGUCUGUAUAUAUAUCGAAAGAUGUCGGGAAUCCUGCCGACCACAAUCAACCCAAAGUCGCUGAAGGCCGAUGCCCUCGCAUCGUUCCUUACCUUGCUCGAGUCGGUGCGAGGGAAGAAGUCGCUGAUUCUCGAUCGAACAUUAUCUGCGCCUCUGAGCCAUAUCGCGCGCUUCUCGGUUCUUCAGGAACACGGGGUGGACAACAUAUUCUGGCUAGACGAUGGCCCGCAGCGCGAUACCGCUCAACGCAAUAUAAUCUACCUGAUCAGAGGCGACAUCAAAAACGCCCAGGCAGCGAGCGCGCAGAUUAAGAAACUGCUGCAGACAUCAGAGGUCGAGUUUGAUUUUAACGUCUUUUUGUACCCGCGGAAAAUGCUUUCAAUUGAAAAAGUAUUUGAGGAAGAAGGCGUCUUGGGAGAUGUCACGAUCAGCGAAUGGAAUCUGGGGUUUAUUCCCCUCGAGGAGGAUCUUUUAAGUAUCGAGUUGCCCGAAGCUGGAUAUAAAGGCAUGUACCUGCACGGUCUGCCAACAACAGUAAACUUCUCAGCAAUCGCCCUCAACGCCCUUCAGAAACAAUACGGCAUCUAUCCGCGAAUAAUCGGCAAAGGCGCGCAAGCCAAGAAACUCUGCGACCAGCUGAUCCGCAUGCGCGCCGAAGCACAAUCCUCGUCAUCCGCAGACUCGGCAGCGACAGAGUGGGCAAAGGGCGAGACCUCGGCGUUUGACCAGCUCGUUGUUAUCGAGCGGCAGACGGAUAUGGUCACGCCGCUGAUGACACAGCUUACGUACGAAGGCCUGAUUGACGAAGUGUUUGGCAUCAAAAACUCCCAGGCUGAAGUCCCGUCGACCUUGUUCACGGCGUCGAAUCCCAAACUACCAGCGAACGGAGGCGCGCCUUCGAUAGUUUCGACGACGCCGAUAAACGAACAGAGAAAGACUCGCAAGGUCGUACUCGACGGACACGAUACACUCUACGCCUCGCUGCGAGAUCUAAACUUUGCAGUCGUAGGCACGACGCUGAACAAGUUUGCCCGCAAACUGAACGAAGACUACGAAGAGCGUCAUCAGGCCAAGACGGUUUCGCAAAUCAAAGACUUUGUCUCCAAGCUCGGCGGACUGCAAGCCGAACACCAAAGCCUGCGGCUACACACAAACCUCGCGGAAGAAAUCAUGAACCGGACGCAGACCGAGUUCUUCAACCGCGCGCUCGAAGUCCAGCAAAACAUGGUCGCCUCAGGGCUCGACACCUCCACCCUGAACCAAACGAUCGAAGAACUGAUCGUGCGCGGCGUGUCGCUCGACAUUGUGCUUCGCCUGCUCGCAAUCGAAUGCUUAACGAGCGGGGGCAUGAAGGAGAAAGAACUCGCGAAUUUCAAACGGUUGAUUUUCCUGCAAUACGGAUACGAGCACAUCCUCACUCUCAACGCGCUUACAAAGCUAGACCUGAUCUUCCAGCGCGGAAGCAAGACGAGCGCGAACGCAACGACUCUGCAGUUCUCGAGUUUGAGGAAAAACAUGCGCCUCAUAGUCGACGACGUGAACGAGCAGGCUCCGGAUGACGUUGCGUACGUGUACUCUGGCUACGCUCCAUUGAGUAUCAGAUUGGUCCAGUACGUCAUUCAAAAGCGCGCGCUCGGAACAAAGAUCUCAACCCUCGGCGGCUCAGGCUGGCGCGGGGCCGAGGACAUUCUCCGCGGUAUCCCAGGAGACGUAUUUGACCAAGUCCAAAAACCCGACGAGAAAUCAAUCAAGACUAAAGUCCUGCAGGCCGCGCGCAAGGAGGUCAAGCGUACUGUCGCGGUGUUUUUCCUGGGCGGGAUCACGUUUACAGAGAUUGCGGCGCUGCGGUUUAUCGCAAGACAAGAGAGCGAGCGGAGGAAGAUUCUGAUUCUGACGACGGGAAUUAUUGAUGGACGGGAUAUAAUGAAGACCGCUAUGGAUAUUACUCCGAGCGGGGUGUCUGUAAGCGCAGAGUAGAGCACUGUUUUUUUUUGUACGGCCUCAUAUUUCUAGUAUUUCUAAAUAAAUCUAAUCAUUUAAUCCCGUUACUCCACCACAAAAGCAACUCUCAACAGCAACAACUAAGCAAAGGCUCAGUACCGGAUCCUGAGCUUGAUACUGAACGGCAGCGCCGGGUCAGUGACGCUGACUUC